AUGGUCCUGCGGGAGGAUGCUGUUCCAGUCGUGCACCCAGCCCGACGGGUACCGUUGGCCCUCAGGGAGCCUCUUCGACAAGAACUGCAACGCAUGGAAACGGCCUCCAUUAUCAAGAAGGUCGACGAACCGACAGAAUGGUUCGUGCCUGGCAAGGACCUGGUUCUGGCGGACAUGUUGUCGCGUGCACCCGUGCCAUCGCAGUCAUCGAGUGCCUUGACAGACGUCGACAUCCAUGCGACAGAGGUCGUCUCCGGCAUCGUAAGCACGCCAAUGAAGGUACGCCUGGAAAAGGAAACCAGGAACGACCCGUAUUUGAGCGAGGUGAGAGAACGAAUCUCACGGGGUGAAGCCAUCGAAGGUGAACUCAAGCCCUUUGCCGGAGAGCUGUCGGUGGUAGAAGGAGCACUACUCAAGGGCUGCAAAGUGGUAAUACCCAAAGCAAUGAGAGGAGAAAUUCUUCGACGAAUACAUGAUGGACACCUCGGACUAAAUAAAUGCAAGGCGAGAGCACGCAGAUUGGUAUUCUGGCCUGGACUCAGCAGUGCGAUUGACUCCUUCAUUCGGGGGUGCAGUACUUGCCAGAGGUAUGCAUACAAGCAACCGAGUGAGCCCCUUAUCAUGCAGCCAACACCGGACAGGCCAUGGCACCGAGUGGGAAUUGACCUUUUUCAGUUCGGGGGAGCCUCCUAUGUCAUCGUAUAUGAUGCCCACUCCAAUUUCCCUGACGUAGAGAAGCUAAGAAGCACAACGGCCGAAGAAGUCAUAGAUAAAUAUCUGGCAUUUUCUCACGGUACGGCAUCCCGGUUCAA